AAUUGCCACUGCGCUCAUGUUGAUAUUUUGCACGCUUGGUUAGGGCGCACACCGGAUAGGCUACCAACUACGCACUAGAGCUGCAGGUCUGCCAGCUACAGGUGGCGGACAUUUUGUCCACGGCGACCUGUUGCUCAGCUCAGUCCUAGGGUAUCUCGCCGCCAUGUGUAAGAACAACGGCCACGGCAUGUUCGGGCUGGGGGUGGCCCUGGUCAGCCUGGGCGCCCUGAGCACGGUGCUGGGGAUCGCCGCCGCCGCAGCCUUCCCGGCGGACUACUACAGUCGCAUCAGCGGGCCAAUCUGGGCUGGAGCGUGGUCAUCACAGGAACCAUGGGUAUCAUGGCCGGGAGGAACUUCAAGCGGGAGGGCGCUCCUACCGGAUUCACCCCAGCCUUCCUGACCUUGAGCAUCAUCGGCAUCUUCGUGGCGCUGUCCCAGGUCAGCGUGUCGGGCGCCGCGGUGACCUGGGCCUGCCUUGUGGUGGACUUACAGCAGACCCUCUCGGGCGCUUUCAACAACGUCUUCGUCACCGAGGGCUACGACUCCUGGGGCAACGGUGAUGUCAUGCCCUACGGCAGUCAGGAGAGUGGGGAUUCGAACUGCUCGACCAUGAUCGCCUUGCACUACACCUGCCUGGCGCUAGGGUUGGUGGAGAUGAUCCUGUGCUUCGCCUCGUCCAUCGUCGGCUGUGUGGUGGGCUGUUCCUGCUGCGACCAGCAGCCGGCUUCGAGUGUGGUGAUCAUGCAGCCUUCCAACCUGCCGUACGCCCAGAUGCCUCCCAGUGUCAACAACCCAGCAGUUCCGGGUGGCUACCCCCAGGCCGGGUACAUCCAGCCGCUGGGCGGGCCUCCCCCAGCCUACCUGCCGCCGCCUGGCCAGCAGGGCCCGGCCUACCCUGCCGGGGGACAGACCCCGGCCCCCGCCGAACAAGCUGUGAAGGCUCAGCCUGUCUAACUCUAAGGCCUGUAAAUCAUCUUGGCACGUCGGCCAUUAUGCUUUUUAAAGCCAGAGGAGCAAGGCUCGUUGUAAAAGAACUCUGACCUCAGUUUUCUUGCACUUUAAUGGGAACUUAACAGAUCUCUAGUCACAAUAGCCAAGAUACAAAAUGCUCAUUGUUCUUGCCAUAUAACGUUAUACAUAUACUUAGGAAAACAAACUUCAGUCAUAGAGGCGAAGAUGCA